AUGGCAGGAGAAUCGUCACUGCUCUGUCCGACAUGUCGCAGCGUUGACUGGCUAGAUGCUGGCCUCCCCAGGGUCAUCCAGACAGCAAAGCCAGACGUGUUCACCACCAGUGCAGAAGUGCGGCACCUGGAUGGAACCGUUGCGCCCGCUGCCAGUUCCCGGCUGGUGGAAUCGGCGCUGUUCCUGCUUUCCCUCGGGACGGUGCAAGAGGUGCGAGAACGGAGCGCGGGUGGUUGUCCAUGUUGCGGUUUCUGCCUCGCGCUGCUUGAAAAACGCCUCGCAGGCUCGGACAUCGACAGAGCCUCUCACGACCGCGUCCCCAUCCAUGUCUACACCCGCAAGUACGGUGCUGUUGUCAUCCCUGGGGGGAGCGAAAGCCAACACCAUGCUCGAACGCAUCUGAUGUGCUUCAAUCUUUCAUUCCAUCCGGACACCCCCCAGGCUGAGACUGUAUCUUUCGGUUUACUAGAUCCUGCUCAUCACGAGGAUAGGGAACGUCAGUCAAUUACGGAUCGCGUAGAGAAACGGGCUUCUCUCGUUGGUCGCUUGGUACCGCCGCGAUUUGAACCAAACCAGGUAAAGGACUGGUUGGAGAUGUGCGAAGGGCAGUGGGCCACCACCGACUCGAGUUUUCUCUCACGCAGUGGCAAGAUAUCCGAGCUUCGGGUUGUCGACGUCUCACAAAGAUGUAUCAAGACACUCAGGAUCGAAGACAUUGAAGGCGGUUAUGCUGCAUUGAGUUAUGUCUGGGGCGUCGUGGAGCAGGAGGUCCGUCUAACCACGACAAACCUGGACGCAUAUUCGAGACCUGGAGGCAUUCCGACACUUUCACCGACGGUUGAAGACGCGAUGCAAGUGGCCAGGUCAGUGGGCAUUCGGUACUUUUGGGCGGAUGUCAUCUCGAUUCUCCAGGAUGAUGACGAGGAUAAGGCACAGAGCAUCUUCGACAUGGAUGUCAUCUACACCUACUCGCGUCUCACCAUCGCAGCAGUGGCGGGAACAAACUGCCACGAGGGACUCCACGGAGUCAGCCGCGACAGGGUUCCUCUGCUACACACUACCAUUGCACACUUUGGUCUUGUUGAAAUUCCGCACCAACCGGAGCGAACCCCUGGAGCACUCUUUACAAAUCUUGCUUUCUGCGAGCAGCAGCUGAUAUGGUUAUGUCGGGCAGCGCAUUGGGCCGAAGGACUGGACGUCAACGGGGAGAACUUCCAUUUUGCCAGGUAUGACGGGUUGAACAAGCCUCGGCUCGAAUCAUCCAUCUUCGCAGAAAUAAGCGACGGGGGUGAACCUUCUCCUCUCGAGCCACGGCCGGUCGAGCUUUCGGAUGCCGCGACCCUGAUCGAGUGCUACACCAGAAGAAAACUCUCAUAUGAGAGCGAUAUCAACAACGCCUUCGAGGGACUGAUGUGGUACAUGUCGUCCAUGUCCCCGUUGGGGGGCUUUUUAUGGGGUUUGCCGGAGCUGAAUUUUGAGGCCUUCCUCUGCUGGAGCGUACGUGGCGGAUCGUCGGCCACUCGCGGUAUUGUGAGACGGAGACAGGCAUUUCCAGCCGCCCCUUCAUGGUCUUGGAUGGCGUGGCUGGGAGAAGUCAGCUUUUCUCCGUUGACGUGGUCAACCUAUGACCAGGGCUGGAGAUCGUUUGUCAAGUGCUUCAAGUACCCGACCUACCUCCACCGGCAGGGCAGAGAACCGAACGAUAUCCUGAGCGGGUACGACUCGGGCGAUACUGUCCUCGACCGUCCGUUUGACAUGUGGGCAAGCCAACUUCCCCUGAAGAAUGAAUCCACUAGCAUCGUGUUCUGGGCUGAGUGCGCAACUGUGCUUUUCGAUGCCAGUUCGCUGGAAAUCCAUUACGAAAGACACGCAUCGAGUAUCAGGAUCCCAGGUGGCAAGAGGAGACUGCAGGUCCAAAAUCUGUGCAUUUCCCAGGAUAUUGCGGAUGACAUCGCCAAAGCUGACAGCACGGCAUUGUCGGUCGGUCUUGUCGCAGUGGCUGUGGAGGGAAGUUUCCCCAGUGAUCAAGCGAAUCUUGCUCUGGACCGUAACUGUCGUUCGGAGGAGGAAGACUCCCCGGCCGCUGCCUUCCAGAUUUGGAAUCGAGCCGUGCAUUGCCUGGUGCUGUCUCGGGUUCGCAGAGAAGAACAAGGAGAUCACUAUCACCUAUGUCGUCGAGAGGGGACGCUGUCGAUGAGGACGGCGAACUGGGCCCGGCUGGAGAAAGAGACGAAACUCGUCGUGCUACAAUAA